GGAGCGCAGAGGGCAGGGCCGCGGCGGCGAGGCCCGGGGGCGGGGAGGAGCGGGACCCGAUAAAAAGCGGCGAGGCGGCCCCACCCCGCGGCAGGCCGGCGGGCAGGCUCGGCGCGUCCCUUCCGUCCGGCCCGUGCCGGCGGCGGGGAGGCGGCGCGCGCGGCCCGCAGCCCGCCCAUGGAGGCUUUCCCCUGGGCGCCCCGCUCGCCCCGCCGCGGCCGCGCCCCCCCGCCCAUGGCGCUCGUGCCCAGCGCCCGCUACGUGAGCGCCCAGGGCCCGGCGCACCCGCAGCCUUUCAGCUCGUGGAACGACUACCUGGGGCUCGCGACGCUCAUCACCAAGGCGGUGGACGACGAGCAGCGCUUCGGCUGCGCCCGAGGCGAGGACCGCGGUGGCGGCGGCGGCUCCCCGCCCUCCUCUUCCUCCUCGUCGUGCUGCUCCCCCCAUGCGGGUGCCGGGCCCGGGGCACUGGGGCCGGCGCUGGGUCCUCCCGACUACGACGAGGACGACGACGACGACGACAGCGACGAUCCGGGGUCUAGGGGCCGCUACCUGGGGGGCGCCCUGGAGCUGCGCGCGCUGGAACUGUGCGCGGGCCCCACCGAGGCCGGGCUGCUGGAGGAGCGCUUCGCGGAGCUGAGCCCGUUCGCCGGUCGCGCCGCCGCCGUGCUCCUGGGCUGCGCGCCCGCCGCAGCCGCCACCGCCGAAGUGGCGCAGCGCGAGGAGCCAGCCCCAGUAUGGGCGGCCGAGCCCCGGCUACACGCCGCCUCCGGGGCGGCCGCCGCCCGGCUGCUCAAGCCCGAGCUGCAGGUGUGCGUGUUUUGCCGGAACAACAAGGAGGCAGUGGCGCUCUACACCACCCACAUCCUGAAGGGACCCGACGGGCGAGUGCUGUGCCCCGUGCUGCGCCGCUACACAUGUCCCCUGUGCGGCGCCAGCGGCGACAACGCGCACACCAUCAAGUACUGCCCGCUCUCCAAAGUGUCGCCGCCGCCCGCCGCCCGUCCACCGCCACGCAGCGCCAGGGACGGCCUGCCCGGCAAGAAGGUGCGCUGAGGGCCCGGGCUCGGGUCUGCUGCUGCCACUAGGGUCACCGCCUGCCCACUCUCGUUUUUGGUCUGCGCACCAUCUCUCCCUCGCUGCUGGGGAGCGUGGAGCUCAGCAGUUGGCUCUACUUGGGAAUGUCGUCUUGGUUUGUUUUCAAAGGAAGCCGGCGGUACGGAGUACUUUCUUGUAGAAGAGCGGUUGAGACUAGAUGCUAAAAUCUUGAUUUGUUUAUCUCUAGUUUGUGCACAUCCAGACGGUGACGGAUGGGUAUUCCACUAACUGAAAUAUGGCAACUUAAAGGCGCGCUGUUUAUUUACUCUGUACGUGGACCUAUUUUAGACGCGCAUCAGUGUGAAAUGGUCUCAAUCUGAUCUUGGAUGUUUAAUUUUAUGAAUGGAGGCACUUUACUAGGUCUAGAAUAUUUUUUUAAAAGCCUCUUAACUGAACUUAAAACUGGCGAUUUUAUGGAAUGUCAGCAAAAUGACUAUUUUAUUGUUUGGAACAAGUAAUGUUUCUGUUGUCCUUAACCAGUUAUUCUAAUCCCAGGUGAAACAAGCCCCUGCCUGGUAGCAUCAUUAAGUGAAGGCUUAGUAAACUUUCCAGUAUUCGUUUGGGUGGGUGUUCCCUCCUUGUGGCUUGUUUCUGUCCUAACUGGAGGUGUAAACAUGAACAGUCUGUAGCAGGUAGAAUACAGUUCCUUAGCCUUUUAUGUACCAGAUCUUUUAUUACUGAAUGACAACUAGCAUUUUCCACCUUUAAAAUUUUUGCCAAGUUAUAAUCAUAUUGUGUAUACACUUGGAAAUGGUGCUGUUUAAAAACCGUGUGUUGUUUAUACAGUAACAGUAUAUGAACUCAUUAAUCUUGCCUUUAA